AUCCCGGAACUGUCAGACGCAGAAGUCGCGGCAUUAUUGCAAGGCAUGAACGGAUCGGUAAUGACAAAUUCAGUCGAAAAUGCAGAGCCCACAAACCCAGUUCCCUCGGCAGAUAAGAACAAAGAGCGUGAAAAUUCCGCUAAUGGGGCAGGCGAUAGUGAUGAUGGCAAUUCCGAGUCGCUAUCAGAUAAUAUGUCUGUCAUAUGUUCGUCGUCAUCCGGAACAGAAGGUGCACAUGAUCUGUUGAUGGACGCAACUAGCGAGGUUGACGAGCAGGGCGACCGAUCCGAGUGGCCAGAUGAGGAUUUUGAUGAUAUAGUCAGGGAAGAGCUUUCCAAUGCAAAAUUCAAAGCUGCAAAGCGUCAUUUCAGGAACAUUGCAAAUCCUUCUAUGGAGGAUAAAAUCCGAUUCGAAGCCGCGAAGAUGAAAGAGGAAGCCCGCCGACGAAUUCAACCACCGAGAAACAAAAGUAACAGGAUCUCAGCCGAAGAGAAGCGCAAGAGCAAGAAAUACGGCCUCGACCUUGCUCUCAAACAAGGAGACCACAAGACCGCAAGGAAAUCUAGAAAACGCAAGAGUGGGGAAGCCACUCCGGAUGCAGAAAAGGCAGUCUCCGAGAAAGCAAGGAAGAAGAUCCGAAUAAGUACAGAAUUCUUCAAAGAUCUCUUGGCUCCUAACGUCAUAGAAGAUGCACACGCGAGUGCUUCUGCAGAGGCAAUGCCUAAGCUCAGCGAGAAGAAUAAAGAGGCGGCAUUCAAACGGCUUAUUGCCAGCAUUCCUGCUGCCGAUCAUUCUGGAGCAAGAUCGGACCAGAGCAAAAUCAUUGAUGCAACCAGGAAGUUCUCAAAACUUGCUAGAAUGGAUGGUAAAGGCGGAUACCGCAUCCCGGGUAUGAAGACAAGCUUGUACCACUAUCAGCUUCAAGGAGCAGCUUUCAUGCGGGAUCGAGAGAAUUCAUCUGUUGCACCUUCUGGUGGAUUUCUCAGUGAUUUUAUGGGAUUGGGAAAGACAAUUCAAGCACUAGCGAACAUCGUGGAUGGACAGCCUCCGGCGAAUGACCCUGUCAAGACUACUCUCAUCGUUGUUCCCUCACAACUUGUAUCUCACUGGAAUACCCAAAUCACCAAUCACUGUGAUGGUAUUGAUGGCAGCGAGGUCCUUACUUACAAUGCCAGAACGAGAUUAAGUACACUGAAUACAACGAAAAGCCUCCAAAAAUACAGUGUAAUAAUUACCACGUACGAGGAGGUCAGAAUGUCAUAUCCUAAAUGCAAUCAAACGUCAGUGCCGACCGGAGAUGAAGAUGAAGUGACCGCAUGGUGGAAUGAACAAUACGAGGAGAAGGCCGGCCCUCUCCAUAGGAUUAAGUUUCUCCGUAUUAUACUAGACGAAGGACAUAUCAUCAAAAAUUAUUCGUCCGCCGUCUCACUCGCUGUUCGUGCGUUGACCGGCAAAUACAAAUGGAUACUGAGUGGCACACCUAUACACAAUUGCCUUGAUGAAUUAUAUCCUCAAUUCGACUUUCUAGGCGUACCCGGCACAAAGACCCUUGAAAAAUUCAUGAAAGACUUCUGCCAGAGUGAGAUAGGUCAUAGCCGCCUGGUCAAUCUCAUGCGAUCUUUCAUGUUCCGCCGAACUCAUGCUAGUCGGCUUUUCUCAUUUCCGAUUGUCAAGCUACCGGACGUCAAGGAUAGAGUAGUCAGGGUUCAAUUUUGUGACGCUGAACGUGAGAUCUAUACUGCCAUCCAAGACGUAUUCAUUGAGAACCUCAACAAGUGUGGAAAUUUAAAGCAUCCUGCGUUGGCUCAGUAUCGAUGCUUCCUGACAAUGCUUCUGAAAUUCCGCAUACUGGUCGCAAUCCGCAAGAAUCCAACAGCCAUCCGUGACGACCAGAACGAGCAUCUGGUUCACUCUACAACCCUCCAAGGAGAUCGGGAAAAGCUGACGAAGGACUUCUAUGAGUUCAUGGUACAGCUUCACGACAGUGGGCAAUGGGAAGAACGCCUUGAGAGAAACAAUUGCGCUCAAUGCAAGCUUGUGCCAGUGUACCCCGUGAUCACCUCGUGUCACCACCUCUUCUGUGAGGAAUGCUACAGCUCUCUUUUCGUCAAUGAAAAUGCAGGUCAAGACAAGCCCAUGUGCUUAAUAUGCAAAAAACCCAUUUGCGAAGCUGCUUACUGCGACGCAAUUGAAGAGUUGGAGCUUCAGCAGAUGCAGGCUUCUCAGCAAGCACAGCCUCCCAGAAAGUCUGCUUCGCGGCGAAAGCCCAAAGGCUCGUUCCGCCGAGGCACUUUUUUCGAUGCGAAUGAGGAGUCAUCGGACGUGCCGGGAGCAGAUGAAGAAACAGACUGGAUUCAAGCAUGCGCUGGCCUCAUGCCAUCUGCGAAACUAACCAAAAUUCGAGAAAUAGUAGCCGAAUGGCUGGCGGAAUCCCCUACGACGAAGAUCGUGAUUUUUACCCAGUUUCUCGAUUUCGUUCGUAUCGUGGAUUUUAUGUGUCAGAAGGAGGGUUGGGAGGUUGCCUGUUUGACAGGAAGUAUGAAUUUGGCGAAACGCGAACUAAGCAUGAAGCGGUUCAACAAGAAGGACGGUAAUACGAACAUCUUGUUGGCUAGCUUAAAGGCAGGAGGCAUAGGACUGGAUCUAACGGCAGCAAACAAGUGCAUCCUGGUAGAUCUCUGGUGGAACGAAGCCAUCCAGGACCAGGCGUUCUGCCGGCUGUGGCGCCAUGGGCAAACCCAGGAGGUGGAAUUUGUCAAGCUCAUUGUCGACGACACAAUUGACGAUUACCUUCUCGAUCUGCAGGCCGAGAAGAGUAAAUGCAUUGACGAAACCAUCGGAGAUGAUGUCCUCAGAAAGUUCGAGACCUUAAAGUCCUUGCUCGAGAUGUUUUGCGAUGUUGAGGUCGAACGCAACGGCGCCUACAAAUUGACUAGAAAG